UUAAUGAUGUACUAUUAUAUUUUUGGAAUACAAAAUAUCCAGAAUGUAAUUAGAAAAAAAUGAGGUUCCACGUGUCCAUGCAAAAGCCACGUAGCUCUCCCCCUCCCCUCUGCCUAUUUAGUGGCCCUUUCUUUGAAGGGAGGCAUUGUGUGUUUGAAUUGAGUAAUUGUAAAUUAGGAAAAAUGUGGAAGAGAAAAGGCGUAGUUGUGCAAUGUUAUCUAAUUUUGUUAACAAUUUGUUUUUGUGUGAGAGUGCAUGCAGAAGGUGUGCGGGCUUCGGGCCCUCUUGUGAAGAAAGAAGAGAGGUGGCCCGUGAUCUCCAACGAGUACGGAGAGAUCUCCGCCGUCCGGAUUAGCGACGCCAUCAACGGCUCCUAUCUACUUCACUUCUUCACCUUGGAGCCCAAUUCUCUCUUGCUCCCGCUCCUUUUGAAUGCUCACAUGCUUUUCUAUGUGCACGCAGGGAGUGGGAGGGUGAGCUGGACGGAAGAAGAUGAGCUAAAGCACAUGAAUAUAAAUCGAGGAGACGUAUACCGGCUGGCGCAGGGAAGUGUGUUGUAUAUGCGAAGUGAGGAUCAAGGGCUUAAGAUCCAUGCCAUUUUUGCUAAUUCUAACGACGACUUGCGUGAGCCAGCAACACAACCUUACUCUAGCAUUCAGGACCUGGUUCUUGGCUUUGACAAGACAAUUCUGCAGGCAACUUUCAAGGUAUCGGAGUUGGUAAUAGAUGAGCUGUUGGGUGGGACGAAACCACCACUCAUCACACAAGUAGAUAAUAUUUGUGGAGGAGACUUAGAUUGCAAUGUAUUUGAGCUGAAUAAGAAGAAAAAGAAGGAUAAGGAGGAGAAGGAAAAGGAAAAGGAAAAGGAAAAGGAAAAGGAGAAGGAGAAGGAGAAGGAGCAUGCAAGAUUAUUCAAUAUUUUCGAAGAGAAGAAAGAUGUGGAGAAUUGCAAUGGAUGGAGCACAAGAGUAACGAAUAAGCAGUUGGCAGCAUUAGAGGGUUCCAACAUUGGUUUGUUCGUGGUGAACUUGAAUGCAGGAUCGAUGAUGGAGCCGCACUGGAACACGAUGGAUACAGAGGUUCUAGUAGUGCUAGAAGGGCGAGGAAUGGUGAGAGUGUCGAGUCCGAGUAUUUCGAAGGAAAGAGGAGGGAGAGAGAUGAGGUUGGAGGUGGAACAAGGGGAUGUGUUCAUUGUGCCGAGCUUCCACCCCACGGUUCAAAUGGCUUUCAACAAUGGGAGUUUUGUUUUCAUGGGGUUCACUAGGAUGACAAAGACUAAUAACGCUCGCUUCAUAGCGGGGGAAACCUCCGUGCUUCAACUCCUUAGCAAAGAAGUAUUACAAGUAUCAUUCAACGUGAAAAGGACGACGUUAGAUGAGCUUCUGGCUCCGCGAGAAGACUCCGUCAUCUCCUCCUGCAUAUCUUGCGCUGAGGAGGAGAUGCAAAUUAUGGAGGAAGGAGGAGGAGACAAGGGAGAGGAAGAGGCUGGCACGCAUCAUGGAGGAGGACACGAGGAAGAGGCUGGUAGACAACGUGAAAGAGAAGAAGGCAGAAGGCGCCAUGGAGGAGACGAGGAAGAGGCCGGGUGGAGACACCACAGGGGAGAAGAAGAAGAAGAAGAAGAGGAGGAAGAAACCGAAUGGCAACGUGAAAGGGGAGAGGCCAGAAGGCACCAUGGAGGAGACGAGGAAGAGACGGGGCGGCGACACCAUUGGGGGGAAGAAGAAGAAGAAGAAGAGGAAGAAAGCGAGUGGCGACGUGGAGGAGAGCAACUACGGCAGAAUCAUCAUCACUACGUGCAAGGAGUAAGAAGAAUUCUCAAGAGCAACUAAAAGAGUUUCGUGUGAUCUGUCUUUGAGCAUCUCAUUUCCGUAUCUAGAAGACUAGUAUUAGUGUGUUUUAUCCUUGUAUUUUGUGCUCAAAUAAAUCAAUCACAUCUUGCUUUAAACAUUAAAAA